UUAUAUUCAUUUUAUUUAGCGGAUUCUGAUGAUGAAGAUUUUGACUUGAUUCAGCCAUCGCUGAUCCAGCAAUUAAGGAAAAUCUUAGAUGAAUACCCAGACGACGGACAGGUCUUGAAGGUAAAGUUGGAUUCUUUUUUUUGACAUUAUACUCUAGCAAAUUACCAAAUGAAUGUGAGUAUAAAAGACGAUGUUAGUCUUAUAACGCAGGUGAAGUGUAAAGGCUUAUUCUUAUGUGGAAGGACAAGCCUUGCGAGACUGGUGCUCAAGUUCAUUAAAAAUUUUCGCGCCUGUCAAAAGAAAGGCCAUCCUCUGAUAAGGUCAUCCAGGACAUCCAGGCAGAUCUAGUUUGUUGACGCUAUCCAUGUCAUGGUGUAAGUCAAACUUGCUCCAGGCGAUGUCACUAUAAUCAAGUGGUGGAAAAAUUAUAGUGCUGUAAACAAGUAUUGCUAGCUCUUUUAUCAUGAAAGCUCUAACACAGCUUUUGGUACUAACUCUUGUCGUCACCUUGUUACUCACAUACUCCGUGUGAACCUUUCAUUUGACACAGUGUUUAAACACCUACCAGUAGCCCGGAGAUAUGAAAGUAGGUUUGCAAGUUGCGGCCGUUCCGCGAAGAUUUAGACUAAAACCACAAUCACCCUCCUUCUUAUUGAACUUCAUCAAUUUCAAUUACUUCAUCUUAAAGUUUAUACUAGCUGUUUACCGUUCCUUAAUGAUAGCCAUGCAUUGCUCUGUAGACUAGUUGUGGUGUCUUUUGUUUUUUAUAUUCAAGGAACUUAUUCAAAAUGCGGAAGAUGCGGGUGCCACACAAGUCAAAUUUCUGCACGACAAACACAGCUAUGGAACAGAUAAGCUCUAUAAUGAGGAACUGGCAAAAUUUCAGGUACUACUUUCUCAGUUCGUUUUAAUCUCGAACCUGAAGAAAGCACCAGUUCAUGAGUUUCGUUGAUGAACAUCGCGAUAUCUGUCCAACCAGCCCUGCUUUGUGCUGCUGUCCCGGAACACUUAAUUUAUGUAGUAAUUCUCGCUCCCUCUCGCUGCACUUCACAACACACACCGAGGCUCUCUUAAGCUUUAGAUAAAGUUAACGUCUUUAUGGUGAUCUGAUGAGCUUUAUAGUUUAGUUGUCCCUCUGUUAAUUGCCACUUUUUCUUAGCGGGUCCUUGCCUCAGUCCUGGUAGACAGAUUUACUCUUGUUUCAAAAUCUUUAAAACGGUCCUCUUCCUUUAACGGCCUCUUUUGUCUGUUCUUAAGAUGUUCCUUAUGAAGAGGUUCCACUGCGCUUGAGAAAUCGUACCAAAGGCAUGCAAAUAUAACUAUAAGAGUUAGGGAACUUAAUAUAUCCUUUUACUUGUAUAUAGGGUUCAGCACUUUAUGCCUACAACAACUCGAAAUUUAAAGAGAAAGACUGGACAGGCAUCCGACUAGUCUGUGAUAGUAUCAAAGUGGAAGAUCCCAUGAAAGUUGGUCGCUUUGGUUUCGGAUUCAAAUCUGUCUUUCACAUGACAGGUAAAGCAAAAUACCAUCAAAGUACUUGUGAGCUGAAGAUGAAAAUUAUUUUUUGUCGUUUUUUUUUAUUAGUAAGUUACAAAAGAAUGACGACCAAUCUUCCGCCACAUCAGCGAUGUGAAAAACCUCUUAGACGUCAGCGAGACAAAAUUACCUUGAGGUAGUAGUUAAAUGCGACUUAUUCAAGGUUUGCGGCGCCAGGACACUUGUAAAAAUAUUCUUUAGAAAAUUUAUAAUAAAGUCUUGAAGUCUUGCAAAAGUCAGUAAGUGGUCUGAAUUGACGGAAAGCUACAGUAUGGUUGAACAACGGGCAGCAGUAACUAGACUUUAUUACAAAGCUAUCUCCGUUUAAAUUUACAUCCAAAUUCACAUUUCACUCUUUUAUUUGUAAUCAGUUUAAUUCUUAACUGGCCCUAUGACGUUCCGAUGCGGACCAAAUUAUACCGAUGGUAAAAACAUGUUGAAAACAUAAUAUACCUAAGUCGAAACUUAUAAAAUGCAUUAAACGCAAUAAAAAAUAUGUGUGGAGGUUUGCAAAAUGUAUGUUCAUUGAUGAAAAAAUACUAAGGUAAUGUCGUGACUACAACCAAGAGUCGAAAUUUUGAAAUGUGAGUCGAAAAAAAUGUCGAGGGAGAGAUAACGCUGACCAGUUGAACAGUAGCAAAAAGAGAAGACCCUGAGGAGAUGGGAUAAAAUCAUCGUCCAUAAAGCGCAGAAAAUGUCACAUGCUUUUGCCUUUCGAAUGCUCUUUCUAUCGUCGUGAUAUCGCUUCUGAUUUGCAAGACUGUCCGACUUGUUGUGGAGAACUUGUAACACUGCAAUGGGUGACAGACCGCACAUCUAUAACGGCGUGAAAACGUCUGUCUUUCUUUUGCCCAUCGCAGCCGGAGAUUAUCAGCCCCUCUGUUAUGGUUGACAAGGUUGGCUUGCGAAUUUUCGGUAGAGUGUAGAAAUCUGGUAUUUUAGCUGAAUUCAGUGUUUGAUUAGGUGUUUGGCCUUUUGUUGUCAUGUCAUCAAUAUGUUUUUCACGGUCUUCACGGUGUAGAUCCGUAAUGAGGCGCAAGACCUUGCUGUGCGUUUCUUUCACCAUUGGAUCAACGAGAGGUCUGAAGUUAUGUAAGUCAACGAUUUUUAUCCUCUCCUGUUUUGUCAGUUUUGUUCAUGACUUCUGUAUAGUGCUUCCCUUGUCCUCUUCUUAACUGAUUUGUCUCGUUGAACCAGUGUGUCAAGGGCACCCAACGACCGAAUUUUUCCAAACAUAGUCAUAAAUGUCUAAAAUAGAUUUCCCUAUGCUUUUGUUUCGUCAAUUUGGAGCUGCCCUAAAAAUUACUUAUCUGUUCGGAUGUUUUAGGGGAACUUUGGCCGUCUCGAAAGUUUUGGCUAUCCCGACGCUUCUUGUCGAAACUGCGAGGACACGGAGUCAUCAUACUUUCAUUAGAAAAUAUUAGGGGACGAGUUUCCCUUAUAUCGAAAUUUUUAGGUGACCUUUUUUUUUUACCAAUAAUCGCCAGUUCUUAGGGAUAAAAUCUGAAAAAUCCAACUCCGAAAAGCGUUGGGAAGCUAAUAGAAAAAGUUCCAAGUAUUUUAGAUGAAUGGAAAGGUUUUCCAGAAAUAUUUAGCUUUACUUUUUUAUAGAAAUUUCUAGGCUAUAUUUGCUCCUUCGAAAAAAUAUUUUGCAAAAAACUGUCGUUGGGUGUCGCGGUGGGUUCCACUCAUAUUUAACACAGAAGGCGGGUGAACUUCUCUAUUUCUAAACAAACGUAAGUCUUAGCAACAGAGUUGCAAUUGUCGUUUCGUACUUGUCAAGGCGCCGAAAUGGGACCUUCCAUCUUUCAUAUGACCCUGAACUAGUAGCUGCGUUUCCGAGUCCUGCUAAUCUACAAUAGGGACUUUUAGCAUCGCAGUUUUCGGGGAGAGGGCAACGUCAUUGACCGAGGAGGACUAAGAAUAGUUGACACCGUUCCUGCCAAAAUCAAAAAUACUUUAGCUGACACCUUCUGUUCGACGGGGUAAACAUAACAAAAAUCAACACGAAAUUUAGAGUGAGGAAAAAGAAUUUAGUGAUAGAUGACAAGUUUUAAAGAACUCUGCGAUCUCCUGGUGACAUGUAAUGACAGUAAGAUUAUCUCAGACGAAGAAUUUCUUACUUUGAAUGAUUCGCUCCAGUCUGAAAAUUCCGAUUUCGACUACGAGUGCUAUUCUGCCUUUGAUCUUGCGGAAAUGAGCAUAGCGGAUUAUUUUGCAGAAUUUCGUUUUGAAGAGCAAGACAUACCUCGUCUUCCCCAAGCACUAAAACUCCCCUCAACUUUUAGAUCUACCUCAUUGAUCUCUGUGUUGUAUCCCUGUACUGUAUGUCUAAGAGCCAAGUAAGAAUUCAAGCACGUCUAUUGUAAACACGAGCCUUUAUUAAAAGCUGCUUAAAGUCCAAACAUGAACAGAAUAACAAAGGAAUGGUCUUGAGUGCUUCAUGACUUAUUAAUGCAUAAAAAGGCCCUCCCUUCAACUCUUAUUUUAAGAGAGACUCUUGCUAUAUAUUGAAGUUUGAAAGGCCAAGUUUCAUUUUUUUUUUCUACAUUUAAGCUUAUACACAACAAAUAAAAAGUGACGUUCACUUAUCGUCGAGAAUUUUCUGAACCAUAGCAAGGAUCAUCUGCCGCUGGUUUCUGCGACAGUGUUUGAAACACCUGCUGCUGGCUUUGUUGCUCCUGCUUUCUUAUUUCUAGCUCCUGUUGUCUAAUUUCUCUGUCAGCUUCUGACUUCUCGCUUAAGAAGUCUACGAGUGGCUUCGCACAUCGGCCUGACUUGCUCCGCUUGUCGGUAGAUCCAUCCUUGCUUUCGGAUUUUCGCUUAUUCGUUUCUCCUAAGGUCUCCAUCGCCUUCUUUCUCAUUUUUUCAGCCGUAUCUUUUUCCUGUUGUUUGAAUACAGUUUCGGCUUCCGACGCUGCCGCGGUGUCUUCUCUGUAAACUAGCUCCUCAAUUAGAGCUUCUUUCUCUGUCAAGUCGUUCACAGCAAUUCCACUCGCAUUUUCUUCCUCGCGAAUUUUCUUGGUAAACUUUUUCCUUAGUGACAUCCAUCUCUUUCUCACUGCUCUUUUGUCUUUAAGUUGAAACUCUUGAGACUCCAAUCCAUUGACCGUCGAUACUAUUGCCUCCCAAGCUAGGCCACGAGCUGAGCUUCCUUUUUUGUGAGCGAAAACAUUGAAGCAUAACAUUUCCCUCAACGUGAAAACAUCUUUUUCCUCCGUCCAUUCCAUCGGCCUUAAAGAAAAGUUAUCGUAAUUUAAGAUCACUUAAUUAUUCUAUAUAAAAUUAAAGCUUUUCGGUAACUUUUGCUCUAUUUCUUACUUUGUUUUUGAUCGCUCCCUUGUCUCGUCCACUGCAGCCAUAUUUGACCUUAAACUUCACUCAACUUCACCCUAAAAAAAAAAACAGAUAAAAAAUUGCUCAUCUUUGGCCUCGCCAUCUCGAUAGACUAUGAAAAGAGACUCUUUCUUCAUUUUGAAGGCAUUUGAGCCUAAAAUAAAUGUAAUAUGCUAAUAUAAAUGAAAAAGAAACCAGAAGUCUACUCAUGUUUUCUGCGUAACGCGGAAAACAGCUUUUUGGCGUCGGCACGGACCUUGCACAACGUCGCGCCAAAACCUACGACGCGAACCGGAAAUAAAAAUCACUUCCGGUCGCCGUCGCCGUCCCAAAAUGCUCUCGUGCUAAGGGUCCCUAAUAUUUGGUAGCCAACGAACCGCAACUUUCGAUGUUGCCUAGGUCGAAGACAUCAAUUGACAACAAACUGGUUAGCGUUCUCUCUUUCUCGAUCACGUUUUUUAAUUGUCGUUUCGUAUUCGUCAAGGCGCCGAAAUGGGAGUUCCCAGCUUUCGUAUGGCCCUGAACUAGUAGCUGCAUUUCAGAGUCCUGCAAAUCUACAAUAUUUGGUAGCCAACGAACCGCGACUUUCGUUGUUGUCUAGGUCGAAGACAUCGAUUGACAACAAACUGGUUACUGCGCUUUUCACAAACAUGCGAAUUCUGAAGUUCAAAAGCCGCCUUCACAAUUGCGUUUUUCGCUGCCGUCAAUCAUCUUAACGGACCUCUUAGGAAACAAAACUUUACUUCAACGGUUCAAAAGGUCAUGGUUUGUGAUUUGUGAUUGGUGGAUUUUGAUCUAUUUCAUGUGUUUGUGUGUUUCAAGGUUCAUUGCUUGUGAUCGUAAUUAUGACUGACGGCAGCGAAAAACGCAGUUGUGAAGUCGGCUUUUGAACUUUAGAAUUCGCAUGUUUGUGAAAAGCGCAGAAACGUUCUCUCUUUCUCGAUCACGUUUUUCUUUUAACUCGACUCAUUUUUUUUUCAACUCAACUCGCUUUUUUCUCGAAUCAAAUUUUAGAAUUUCGACUCGUGUUUGUAGUCACGACAAUUAAUUAUUGCUUAGUGUUUUUUCGUUCGAAAACCUACAUUUUGCAAUGUAGAUCCAUAUUUGUUACUGCAUUCGAUGUAUUUUACAAUUUUCGACUUACGUAUUAUGUUUUCAAUAUGUUCUGUAACAUCGUUAUGAUUUUGUCUGAAAAGAAACGUUAUACUGGCCGUUGUAUCUAAACUAUUUGAAAUUCCGUAUUGAGGCUGUCUUUCGGAAACUUUCGUAAUAGUGAGCUGUUGUCCACAUUAGAGCGGUGUCCGUAAUAGAGAGGUGUCACAGUUAGUAUGGCGAGGUUGGAAGUGAUACAUAUUAUUUGGCCCUUUCUCCCCUCAGAUUUGCCAAGUUUGAUUAGUGAUUCGCGGAUUGGCUUCAUUGAUCCUCAUGGCGUUCAUUUUUCGGACAGGCGUCGCAUAAGAACAGGGAAGUACUGGCGACUUGAAGAAGGCCGCGCGUCCAUCGAUAAGUUUUGUGACCAAUUCCUUCCUUACAAAGGCAUAUUCAACUGCACGGAUGAAGUUUUCUCUCAAGGAUUCUAUGAUGGAACUCUAUUCCGUUUUCCACUCAGAAUGGAACCCUCGAAGCUUUCAGAAACACUCUACAACGCAGAUAAGAUGACGACGUUGUUUGAGAGUUUCAAAGCCGAUGCUCCCUUGAUUCUCCUGUUUUUGCAGAGUCUGGAAUCUGUUGAGCUCUAUACCAGAGAGGAAUCAGAUUCCAGUCCCAGUAAAAUCUUUCAAGUGAAGAUUGCGGAGAAAAGCCUGCAGACAGUUCGUGCGAAGAGGAAGGAGUUUCUGAAGAAAAUGACUCCUGGAAAAGUGAGGCCCGAAUCAUUUGCAGUGAGCUACCCAAUGACCAUUGAAACAAAUAAUUUCGAGACGCACUUGACGGAGAAACAUUCAUUCUUUGUUACAAACUACCUCUGUGGUGGGCAAGUAUCUUCAACGUUCAAAACGUUGAUGACAGAUAAGGAUCUCAAUUAUCUCCCCACAGUUGGUGUUGCCAUGGCAUUGCCAGAAGGUCCACAGUUGCAGACGCCUGAUAUCCAAGGCCACGUCUUUUGUUUCUUGCCGUUACCAAUCCAGACGAAAAGCUUAACUGGUUUGCCAGUGCACGUUAAUGGUUUCUUCGCUUUGAGUCAGAACAGGCGUUACAUCAAGUCUCCAAAUGCAGAUCAAGAAAAUCGUCAGAAGGCAGGACGUAAGAUGACUGAUAAGUCCUUGUUAUGGAAUAAGUGUCUUCUCGAGCAAGCCCUUCCUAAGGCUUACGCCACCAUGAUUUUGGAAGCCAUAGAGGAGAAGUCAGUUUUCAUUUCCAAGACCGCAAUCUAUAAGUAAGUAACAUGCUUAAAUAAAGCCCUAAUCAACUUUGUUUCCUACUCAAUGUUUUUUACUCCUGUAAAGAUCAUCGUCAGUUGUUAACGAAUAUCUUCAGUUGUACGAUACUUGAAAAGAAUCGUUUACUUGCUUAAAAUAUUUGGUGAAAUAGAAAAAAGCAUCAUUUCCUUUAACUUCAAAAGGAAGUUGAGCAAGUACAAGUACUGUUUCUGAGUUGCUAGAUCGGUCAAAUGACGUCUGUUAGAUGGAUAGAGACUUCUUCAUUUUCUGUCCAGUUGUCGAGAACAAAUUCAUAUGUUUUAAAAGACGAUGAGGACUUACUUUUUCCACCGCUAUCCUGACUGAAGCUUUUUUGGGAAAAAAUACUUUUUUCAACUCCAACUUAAGAAAAGAGGAUAAGAUUAAGUAUGAGUGAUAAUCCAUAGAAUACAUGCAUUCAGAGGACAUAACAUAACAGUUUGUCGAAAUGAAUUGACUUAGCUGAAAAGCUACUGAUAAAAGGAUAUAUAGUACAAUACAAAGAUUAAUCAUAGCUUCUAAAAAUAUUUUAUUGUAUUAGAUUAAGACGAUAACGCCUUCACAAUUACCGUUCAUUCAAUUGAAACUCUUACAAAUGAUCAUAAUGUUUAUUAUUUGUCCCUAUUAACUGAAUAAGUAUCGCCGGUCUGUCAAAAACCACUACCUACAGCGAGAGUGAGAUAUUUUUUUGUUUUGUUUUUGCUGUUCACAUAAAAAGGCCUUGCUCAUUCAGUUCAAGGUAUAGAAAUUUUUAUAUCUCGUUUCAGAGCGUGGCCCGAUAUUGGCAUUAUAGACAAGCAGUGGAAAGGGCUUGAGGAACCUCUAUUUCGGUUUCUUUUGGCAAAGAAAGUUGUUCACACCGAAGCAAAAGGUGGCAAAUGGCUGGAAGUUUCAGAAGCGCUUUUUCAGCGUCGAACAGACGGCGGACAACAUCAACUGCUUCGGAAGGUUCUGUUAUCCGUUGGUGCUCCUGCUGUCACUGUACCAAGUCACGUACUGAAGGCUGUGGAUGUCUAUGCACCAGGUCAAACGGAAAUAACCCCUCCUCUGACACGGCGCGUGUUAAGGAAGGUACCAUCAUGCUACACCGGCCUUGAUAAGACAGAAAAGCUGCUGCUUCUCCAGUUCUGUCUUAGUGAUCGUGCUUUUGAAGAUCUGGUUAGCUUGCAGCUUUUGCCAUUGGCCAAUGGAACAUUUGCCAAAUUUGACAGUCGUGCUACGACAGUUUACAUUACCUCUCCCGAACAUUCUCAAGAACUUUUUCCAGGCUUGCCUGAGAGAUUUUUGCAGAACGACUUGGACGAAGAUAUUUAUGGAAGCCUAAGAUGCACAGCUUCUGAAGGUAUGCCUCUCAUAACAUGUGUCAUUUCUUCCCAAACUAGAUUUAAUCUAUACUUAGGAAGGCACUAUUAAGCUUAUCUUAAAUCUAGCCAUGUGCUGGAGCACUUUUUAUGUUAAGCACCACACAGGCUCAUUUUGUUAGGAUUAAAUCCCCCAAAAUCUAGAUACUUUAACUCUACUUUAGUGUAAUUAACGCUUGCAUCAAGAUUUAUAGUUCUGAUUAUUAAAUCCCUGAAUUCGUUGUAUCAGGAGUUGGGCGCCAAAAUUUAGUUCGAUCAGUGUAAUUAACUGAGAAAUACAACAUGAAAUGUAAAAGCUGUCAAUUAUUAGGUAAUUAUGAGAUAAAUAACUUGCUGUUAUUGAGUCAAAUUGGUCUUUCAAUCGAGGUUUAUUUUCUUUGAUAAAGAGCAUUUUGUAUAUAAAGCAACCCGGCUUUCGACGGCAUUUUUCAGGGUUUUAAUCGCCGAAUGUUCAUAUUCGUUGAAACUUUCAACAAGAUUGCGGCAUGUUUAGCUUAUAUAAUCUGCAUCACAAUAGGAGUUUGAUAAGAUUGUUAAGCGUGUCAUUUUAUGUUUUUCAAAAAUGGUAUUUCUUAUCAGCCUUAGUUUGUCUUUGGAUCUUAAAAAGAAAAGGGGAAAGUUCCUUGCCACUGAUGAGGUCUUCGUCGUGCUAAUGAUUGUUGUGUUUAAACAAACCAGGCCAAACUCAGCUGCAACUCCUUAGAAGCCAUCACGUUCCUGAACUUCUUUGGCAGUCGCUUCCGCCAGACUGGGGAAAAGGCGACUCUGUUUUGUGGUAUCCAGAUGACCCUAGUCACCACCAUCCAACAAGAAGUUGGAUCCAGUCGCUCUGGAAUUAUCUGCAACGCCACUUUACAAGUGAGGCGGAUAUUCGCCGGCUCGAAGGACUACCUUUGAUCCCAGUUAGUAUGUCUCAGACACCUGUUACCUUGACUCGUCUCUCCCGCCCUAGUAGGAUUGUUGUCAAACAGAUGAAUGACGAAUACAUUGAUGAAAUCUUGGAAAAUGUGUUUAAAAGGCUGGGCAUUCUUGUACUGCAUGAUCUACCGACUUUCAUAAGCUACCACCCGGCUGUCAUGGGAACCUACGUGAAUUUACCAACUGUCGAAGAUUCUGUGAAAGCAAUGAUGACAACGUAUUCUAAGUUACCACCUAAAAGGUUUUCUGAAUUCCUUCAGGAAGAACUUUCCACAACAGAAAAGCUUGUCCUAAGAUCUUUUCUUGCGGGUAUCAGACCCUUUUACAUUAGACGGGAAGGAUAUAGAGUCUUCUUGUCUUCCCUGCCAAUUUUUGAGACACUCACCAAGAGGUUCGUUUCAAAGAAUGAUGACCUGAGUGCAGCCCCUGUUGAGGGUCUUCCAGUUACUCCACAGAAAGACCUCAUUGAUAUCUCCAACGAUGAUUCCAGGAUUCUGGCAAAACUCCUACAAGUCAGGAUUCUACAGCCUAUUGAAGUUCUCUGCGAGAUUAUAUUUCCCGGAAUCCAUGAAGGAUACUACGAUGAAGAUCAAAUUGAUCAGGUGAUGCUUUAUGUUCUCGCGCAUUUUACACAUACUAUCCGUAAAAACGAUAACUUCAAGCGGCAAGUUAAAGCUUUAGCCUUUGUCCCAAAGCAGAGAGAAAGGGUCAGGGCAUCAGAUGUGUUUGAUCCCCGAAACGCCACGCUUAAAAAGAUAUUUGCUGAAGAAGAUGUCUUUCCGGUAGGCGAGAUGUACAAUGAUCCAGCUACGCUCGUUGUUUUGGAGGAGCUUGGAAUGAAGAAUGAAGCCAACAUCACUACCAGAGACCUCGUACGAAGUGCUAAACAAGUUAGCAAACUUUCACGUCAACAAACAGCAAGACAGAAGUCUGAAGCAAUUUUACAUUAUCUCACCUUUCAUCCGAUGAUGCUUAAGAAAACAGUCGAUGGAAAAGAGCUGGGAUUGUUACUGAUGAACAUUCAGUGGCUGACUCGGAUGGAACAGAAAGCACCAAGUUUUCCCGCUUCGCUUCCAUGGUGGGAGACUAAAGAAGGAGAUGAAUGCUUUUUCAAGCCAACAGAGUUAAAGAGUUCUGCACUGGUCAAUCUCAUUGGAACUGUUAAACCCGUUAUAGAAUUAGAGCCCUUCAAUGACGUUUCCGAGUACUUUGGCUGGCGAAAACUAGGUGUCUCUGAUGUUGCAUUGCAGUUGAAAAAUGUAAUAAGUUGUUAUUCCAAAGACGAAAAACGAUAUUACUUGGUUAUAUUACACGAAAUUUACUCCUUUCUCAGUCGUGUAGGCUACCAAAACAUAAGUGAGGUAUUUCAAAAAACGGAAAUUGUCAACUGGGUAUGGAAUGGGAAUGGCUUUUCCUCACCUAACGAAGUGCUUUCUGGUGACUCUGCUAUUGAUCUUGCGCCCUACAUACUCCCUCUUCCACCGGAGGUGAAGAUGUUUACUGACCUCUUUGCUCGUUUUGGAGUUAAAUCACAGAGUGAUUCAACUGUCUUAUUGCAGGUUCUCUACGCGAUCAAAGAAAAGUAUGACGUUGAACUGUCUUCAUUAUCAGUUUCUGAAGUGUGCCACGACCUACAGUUAUCUGUUGGCAUAUUGAACAAGUUGGCAAGGGAGGAAUUACCACCAGAUAUUCAAGAAAAAAUUGUUCUUCCUGUUUAUUUCGAUGACAACAAAUGUCUACGAUUUGAACCAGUUGAGCGCUGCAUGUACAGUGAAGACAGCGAGUGGCUGAUGAUCGACGAUGAAAAUGAAGACAUGGAAUACCUCUACGUGCACCCUGACGUUCCUAGCCAUACUGCUCAACGUCUUGGUGUUCCUUCUCUUACAAAUCGAAUGUUGGAGCCUGAGGAACUGUACAUAGGAGAAGAAUUUGGACAGGAAGAGAAGCUUACUACUCGACUCAAUCGACUACUAGAAGACUACACUGAUGGGUUUGCAGUGCCAAAAGAACUAAUUCAGAACGCAGACGAUGCUGGUGCGACUGAGGUUAGAUUUCUUUACGAUGAGCGAACUAACGAGGAUGCCAAAACCUGUCUCAUUGACGAAGGAAUGAAAGGUUGUCAGGGUCCCGCUUUAUGGGUCUAUAACGAUGCAGUGUUUAAAGAUGAAGACUUUAUUAACAUCACGAAACUAAAUGAAGCGACCAAAGCGCAUGAUACUGCAAAGGUCGGCAGAUUUGGACUUGGAUUCAAUGCCGUGUACAACCUGACAGAUGUGCCCAUGUUCGUUAGUAGGAACUACUUGGCGAUCUUUGAUCCUCACACUUCCUUCCUGGGAAAAGCAAUCAGAAACAUAAGAAGACCGGGAAUGAAAAUAAAUCUCAACAAAGACGUCAAAAGACGGAAAAAAUUCAAAAAUCAGUUAAAGCCCUUUUAUGGCAUCUUUGGGUGUGAUUUACGUCUCGAGAAACAAGACAACUCAUUUGACGGAACCCUUUUUCGGUUUCCACUGCGGACGAAAGAUCAGGCUUCAGCGAGUGAAAUUAAGAAGUUAUGGUACAACCAAGAGCAGAUGCGCGAAUUGUUGCAAAUGUUUCUCCACGGAGCUGAGAAUGUACUACUAUUCACGCAGAAUGUUCUAAGUGUGGGAAUUUAUCACUUACCGAACACUGAAAGCCAAGAUCCACAGCCUACAUUGAUGUUUCAGGUCACGAAAUCGGCAUCCCAUGCUGGAAUCUUGAGAGAACUGUCGUUUACAUUUACCCUUCCUUCAACUGCAUUUAAGCUUACUCCAGAGGAAAUGAGUUUUCUUCAACAGUGCAACUUCCUUCAAGCUUCAUCAAAAAGCAAGAUGUUGGCACGCGGCAAGAAAGUCGACGCCAAAAAGCUUCCAAAGUCGUCCAUGAUAGUUGACGUCGAGUGCAGGUUAACAAAAAGCGGUUCUGAUUUCUUUCAUGACGGUUUCCAUUCGGAAAAGGCAACAUGGCUCAUUGUCUCGUCUAUGGGGAACGGUCAAGCACUGAAGUUUGCAAAUGACGAUCCUUGUCUUCUUCCAUCAGCGGGAGCAGCCGUUCAGUUGCUUCCAACAGAGUCAAACACUUUCUGUCCCUCACCAGUUGCGAAAACGUUUGAUGGUUUAGAUCUCAAAGGCACUAUAUUCUGCUACCUGCCGCUACCAAUUCAUAGCGGUCUACCAGUUCACAUAAAUGGAGCAUUCGCCUUAGCCUCGAAUAGGCGUCACUUGCAAAUGAAACUGGAAGACGACAAGUCUUGCUAUGGAGUGGAAUGGAACAAUGUACUGCUGCUAGACUCUGUAACAUCUGCUCUCUUAGAUCUUCUGGAAGAUAUGAAAGGCAUUGCUCCCAAAGAUGGCUCAUACAAGUUUCAUUGUCUGUGGCCAAAGACGUCCGAAGUUCAUCGAAACUGCUUUCCACUAGUUCUGUCGUUCUACACACAACUCAGCAGGGGUGGUUAUUGUCUUUUCUCCAAUGGAGAGCACUGGGCUAACAUUACGCAAGUCAUUUUUCUUGAUCCAUUUUUCCGCAAAAAGCCCUAUAUCGGGGAGGCCGCGAAUGACGUUCUAAAAAUGUGUCACAGGGGUAGAGAAAUAGUCAUAGACUUACCUGCCGAUAUUUUGCAGUCUUUCGAAAAUUGUCGCCUGGAGAAAGCAAUCGGUGCCAGAAAAUAUAGCAAGAAAAGAUUUUUUCGUGAAGUUUUUUUUCCAAACGUUCACAUCCUCCCGGCCAAUGUUAGAGAUGUCCUGACUCUACAUGCUUUAGAUGACAGAAGUGGGGAGUUCUAUGACUUGAUAAGGCGGCACCCUUGUGUCCCAUCUACACCAUUUGGUAACACUCUUAUGACUCCUAGCGAACUUGUAGAUCCCUGCGGAGAAGCAGCGUCACUAUUUUCCCCUGAAGAUGGUAGAUUUCCUUAUGGGACUGAAGAAUCGUAUGCUCAGCCGCAAAGGUUGUCCAAGCUUGUACAACUGGGAAUGUUCUCGAAUGAUCUUCCUUGGUCCGAUCUUACAGAACGAGCCGAGAGCAUCCAAAAGCUUAAUUCAGAUAGCAGUAACGAAGCAUCAACGCGCAUAACAGCAUUGUUAUCUUUCAUGGAGAAGAAGUUAAUUCGCCAAGAGAAACCUACAUCUCAGAUUUCUGCUCGUUUGUUAAAUAUUAAAUUUCUUCCCAUUCUCCAGAAACCAAGAGAAUUUCCUCUCCCUUGGAAGGGAGAAGAACUUGUAGAAAAUUCACAAGUACUGCUAGCACCGAAUGAAGCUUUCCUAGAAGAGAAAAAGUACUUAGUGUGCUGCACAGUACCAUUAAUUGGGGUUUCCGUUCCAAAGGAAUUGAGAUCCCUGUUAGAUCUGGACAAAAAGGGAAUUACAUUGGAUCAAGUGGUACUUCAACUGACGGCAGCAGUGUCCACAAAAGUAGAUUUACUUAGUGCAUCAGAGUACAAGGAACUAAGCCUGGUCUGUACCAGUCUUUAUUCAUGUCUUCAGAACUCCCUUGCGCGUUGCAGUGAUGAAAUCAUAGCAUACCUUCAAGGAACAAGUUUUAUUCUUGUCGGUAGGAGGUUUCUUUCUGCCAAUCAGGUUGCAUUUACAUUGCCUGUUGAUUGCUCCCCGUAUCUGUUCCAAAUUACGCAUGAAUUGGCUUUGUCUUUUACCCCAUUACUGAAGGCGGCUGGUGUUAAGACCAAAUUCGAUGAACAAGAUUACAUUUCAAGCCUACAGAAAAUAAAGGAACAAGCCGGACAACAGCGCUUAGAUAAGCAAAACCUUCAAGUUGCAAUACAUAUCGCAAAGCAACUCGGUGAAACUCUCGAUGUCACCAGAACUAACAGGCAGCUGUUGGAAAUGAUAUACGUCCCCAACUCUAAAGGAAUAAUGCACCCGGUAUCUGAACUUUGUAUUAGAGACUGUUCUUGGCUGCCAGACGAAGAAGGUGUGAACUUUAUUAAUGACAACAUUCCUUUACUAACAAGUAGGAAACUCGGAGUUAAAACACGAAAACAAGAAGCCCUGAGACCCCGUGCAUAUGGGAUUCCCUUUGGGCAACGAGAGAAACUCGCAAACCGCUUAAAACGCAUUCUAACAGGUUAUCCUUGUGAAAAAGAAAUUUUGAAAGAGCUCCUUCAAAAUGCUGAUGAUGCACAAGCAACUGAGGUUUGGUUCAUUAAAGAUCCUCGACACCAUCCAGACGAAAGAGUUUUUGAAGACAUUUGGAAGCCUCUGCAAGGUCCUGCAUUGUGUGUGUAUAACAACAAACCUUUCAGAAAUGAAGACAUUGAGGGAAUACGAAACCUUGGCGAAGGAAGCAAAGGGGAUGAUCCUAACAAGACUGGCCAGUAUGGAGUCGGCUUUAACGCUGUUUACCACUUGACUGAUGUACCCUCUUUUAUGACAAAAGGAAAGGACAUUGGAGAAGUUUUGUGUGCAUUUGACCCAAAUUGCAGAUAUGUUCCUGGCGCAACACCUCAAGAACCAGGAAUGCGUUUCGAGGACAUCCCAUACUUAAGAAAGCAAUUCCCGGAUGUAUUUCCGUGUUAUCUGGAGAAUCACUUUCAAACUGAAAAUGGCACAAUGUUCAGAUUUCCUCUGAGAACAAGACAAAUGUCCGUGAAUUCUCUAAUAUCAAACAGGCUUGUGACACUUGAGAUGUUGGAUACAAUGCUAGAGGACCUUAAAAAGGAAUUGUUUGAAGUCCUCUUAUUCGUCAACAAUGUAAAAAAGAUUACCAUCUGUGAGGUUCACAAAAACACUGGAGAACUAGUUAAUUUUUACACUGUUGAGACUGCUAUGUCAAAGGAGGAUGAGACCAAAAAGCAGACCUUUUGCGAAAGGAUCAAAAAGGUUGGAACGUAUCCCCUUCCAAGUGAUAUUCCAGCAGCGAAAGUGUCUUACGUGCUGAAUAUUUCAGACAGUUUUCUCAACCAAGAGAAAUGGUUCAUUGUGCAACAGAUGGGAUUUCAGAAGGCGGUGAAAAAGAGUAUAGCGAAUGCCUUCAAGCGAAAGGAGCUGGGAAUGCUUCCUCGCGGUGGUGUUGCCUGUAUUUUGGAAAAGAAUUAUAAAGACAAUGUCGAGCGAGGUAAGAAAGCCUACUGUUUUCUUCCACUUCCAUUUGAAACGGAUCUACCAGUGCACAUCAACGCGCAUUUUGCACUGGACCACGAAGCAAGGCGAAAUUUGUGGAAAGACGAAGGGGAUGGGUAUCGCAGUGACUGGAACAAUGCCUUACUAGGAGAUGUGGUGGCCUCAUGCUAUCUCACGCUAUUAACUGAAGUGCGAGCUUUUCUUAAACUGCCCAUCUCUAGAGACGGAAAACCUUGCACCUUAACGUGUUCCGAAGGUGAGGUUUUGCAAAGCAUCAAGGCCUACGAAAGCAUCUUUCCACUCAAACCUCUUUCGGAUCCGUACUGGGAGACACUGGUAGAUUCUCUUUAUGCUGAAAUGGCAAGCAACAUGGUAAGAGUUUUACCAGUAAUAAGAAACAAAAUAGCGAAUGCAGUGUUUCCAGAAUGUGAAAGCAGGGACAUUGUUGAGCUCAGCUGGUUUCCGCCUGUUGGGCAGAGUAAACGACAAGAGGCGUUCUUUAAUGACCUUACAGAAAAUGGUCCCUUUGUCAGGCUGCCACAGAGGGAAAGAAAUGAGCUCCAGACAAAUGCAAGAAGAAGGUUUUAAGAGAUAUUACUGGAAAGUGGAUUCAACCUGGUAGCCUUCUCCUUGAACUUGCAUAAAACAUUUACACGAUCUGGAAUUCCCGCGUGUACAGUUACCCCGCGUUCAGUGGUUGAUUUCUAUAAAUCGUUAACCUCUCAAGAUCCGUUGUGUAAGAUUGGAUCCAUACCCUGCUAUAUAAGUGAAACCCCUUUCCGAGAUACCCUUGGGUUAAUUCUUGUCCUGUUGUACUGUAAAGGAAUGGCCAAUUUUACUGAUCACUUGCCGGGUCUUCCACUGCUUUUAACACAAGACAGCUGUCUUCGACUCUUCUCAACAAAGGAUCCCAAGUUUUUUUCCAGAUUUCACGAUAUCUUGCCUGGCUCGCCGCACGUCUUUGUGCAUAUGAACGUUGAUCAGAAAGUGUUCAAUGAGCCUGCAAAGUGGAAAUCAUCCUUAGUCAGGCCUUUGGAUGUAGAGGGAUUCUCAGCUCAUCUAGCCCAAACACUAGAGCUUGAUCGUUAUGGAAAAGGUCGUUUUGUAGAGUGGUCUUGGAAUCAAGACGGUGUUCCCAACCAACGAUGGAUAUCCAGAGUGUGGAUUUUCCUUAGCGACCUGUUUGCAACAGUUCUCCGUGAUCAAAGUCUACCUGAACAAACCAAGUGUUCUCAGAUUAAGUCUGCUCUUGGAUCUCUUGCCAACUGGAGUAUCCUUCCAGCUACAGAGUCUAAAAUUGAAGCGCGGACAAGCCCUUUUCUUCCAUUCAGUAUAUCUGCAACGUCCACUCAGUUUCUUGUUCCCUUAUCCAAGGCAACGGCUGUCCUCGAUUACAGAAGCCCAGAUGCUUCCAGUAAUAAUCUCUUGGAAGUUUUAAAGAAACUCGGUGUACCAGAACUCAAUUAUGCUGUGCUGUCAAACUUGAGCUCUGCGAUCCCGCUUGCACCUUAUUUGGUUUCUUCUCUGAAGAUUCCUUCAUCUCUACUUACUUCCAUCCGCCAUAAGAUAGAGAAAGACCCUCAGUCUCCUGAGAGACUGGAUUCAAAGGACUGUAGAACAAUUUUGGAGUACUUCAGUAAAAGUGUGGCCGGUCUUCAUGAGGCAGACAAAAGCAAGCUAAAAAAGCUUCCGUUCUUCCUAGCGACACAUGGUGGCUUUGUACCACUUGACAAUGAUUGCCGUGUUUGUGUCCUUCCAGUUGGGAUACCGAGAAAGGAAAUGGAAAUCUUGGAGCGACACCGAAAGUUAGUCUUCAUUGAAUCCUGGGCAGUUCUCUCAAAUUUGUUCAAAUUCCUGGAUCUAGAGUGCGUUUCUGCCGUAGACGUUUACUGCACAUACAUUCUGCCAACGUUUAACAUCUUCAGCCAAGAGGGGAGGCUAGUACACCUGGAGUACAUUCGUAAACACCUUCUUUCAGAAUUUGUAGCGGAUGAUGACAUGGACAAACAAAGGCUUAAGAACUGUUUGGAAACAACUCCAUUUAUUCCCUCCAUAGAUGGAACGCUUCAAACUGCAUCCUCAUUCUACGACCCUGACGUUGACGUUUUUCGCAUAAUACUCCCACCAACCAAUUUCCCUUUGAAGCCACUUAAUUCGCGAGAAUGGUUAAUGGUUUUAAGGACAAUAGGGUUGAUUCAUGAGGUCUCCCAUGAUCACUUCAAGAAAUUUGCCAGAGAGGUUGCAAACGAAGCCACUACAGCACGAACAGUGAGGACAUUUGAGAAGUCACGAGUUCUAGUGAAACAUCUUCUUCGCCGACACAAUGUAGUGGCUGAACAUCUUUUACCUGCCAUAGCCGACAUACCUUUUGUAAGCAGCGAGCCGGCAAGAAAAGGUCUCCGAGAAGUUUGCCUGCCGUAUCAGGGAAUGAGCGAUGAACAGAUUCCGUUCUGUACUUUCAAAGGGGCGGUUCCUUCCGAGUAUGCUGAAAUUGUUUGGACACAGGCCCAUUUACUUCCACGUUGGGCGGAUCCAAUGGCUUGCCGCCGUGAACUUAGCUUUCCCCCAAAAAUGAACACUGAGAAAUAUUGCAAGGUUUUUACUACUCAACUUCAAAUUGUUGCAGAGCCAUCUCUAGAACUUGUUGUUCGUCAUUGUCAAGCCGUUUGUCACUCCCAACAAAACAAGGAUGACGCUGAUAUUUCCUCAUUUGAGCAACGAACGACUUUAAAGGCAGUAAUGGAACUCAUUUACGAGUUCUUGCAGACAAAGCUGAACACAGGAAACGAUGUGAAAAGCUGUCUGGGGAAUACGCCAUGCGUUUUGGUCGAGCAAGGGAAGAGAUUUAUCCUUCCACGGCAGGCAGUGCUCGAAUUAUAUGAAAAUCUCGAAAUAAAGCCCUUUCUAUACAGUCUACCUCGAGAGUUUGGAAAGUUUCAUCCUUUUUUUCAUGCGCUUGGCUGUUCAAAGUAUGUCUCCAUUUCCCACUACGCUAUGGUGUUACAAAUGCUCUACCUGAAAUCUAACAACGACAAACUGCAUCCAAAUGAGAUCACAGCAUGCGUAAAAGCAGUGAAAGGUUUUUUUCAACUACUUGAAGAAAGCGCGGAAGAGUUGUCGAGCGUUCCACAGCUUUACCUUCCAGGAAUUUCCUUGAGGGGAAGUUCUUUAGAUGAGGCAGAGGGUGUUUUACCAGUGACAUUACAACAAUCUUCGUACUUGGUGUUUUGUGAUGUUCCCCCUUCCUUCCUUGAUCGUCUGCAGAAUUUUGACCAUCUUCUGCUUGACCUGAAAUCAAUGAAGGUGACGUGCAGCUCUGCCAUGACCAACUACAAAGAGCUCGUGAUGAAAUUGCCUGCUGCAUUACGACCCAAAAUGCUAUCCAGUUUAGUUAAAGAAACAAUCUCCUCGAAGAAGCAGAUAACAACCUCAUCGGUUGAAGCUGUGAAUUCUCUCAAACAGAAGCUGUCUUGCCCACAGUUCAUCGCUGCGAUUGUGAGACUAAUACGGGACGAGAACCAGAACAGGAAGGAUAUAAACGACGAUGUCAUGGCAAAUGUCGAAAGACGCCUUCGAAGUAUUGAUAUCUGCGUUGUAGAGAACCUCCAAAGCGUCUUACUUUGUGACGACAGUCCUAUUCAGGGCAGCCAAAAGGGAGUUUCUUCCGUCCUAGAAAAUAGUGUUAUCUCAGAUGAGGAGAGGUGGACGGUCUAUCUCGAUCUGGUAUCGGUGACGAACGAAACAUUUGCAUGUAUUUACAUACUUUCUGACGUAAUUGUCGACGUUUUGGAAGGUCUUCUUGGAAACAGAGCGUUGAUGAUCCCUCGCUUGUUGAAUUGUGAUCCCUGUGACAUGUCUUCGUUAUUAGAUGUUUUGGGUGUACGUUCAGAUGACUCCUACGUUUCGCGGGCAGAAGUUGAAAUCUUUCCAAAACUUGGCACUUUUAUUCCGCUUAUCGACCAUCACUUGUUAAACGAGGCCUUUGAAGAAUUUGAGCCCGGUGAAUAUGUUGGUUUUGAGCUCGAAGAUCCAACUCUAAACCGCGAGAAGGGUGAACCGACUUACAUCUAUGCAAGAGUUGUCAGGGAAGUGACAGAGAAAGGUUUUCCUCUCUUGACGAAGAGAUACAAAAUUGACGUUGGCGGUGACCAAGAAAUAGAGGUUGAUGUCGCAGACCUUUACAAGUUUCAUCGUUGGUCAACCCUAUCAUCUGCGAUUGUAGUAUCUGAACGUCAAGAACAGAGCCCUCCUGAACGACAUAGAAGCAGAAACCAGCAAGAGAUAUUUGACGAGAUCUCGAAACUUCUAGAAGAUGCGUGGAAAUUACCAGAGGAGAAACGCCGAAAAAUCAUCAAGCGGCUCUAUCUGCAAUGGCAUCCUGACAAAAACGUUGGUGAUGAGGUAUUCUGCACAGAGGUUUGCAAACAUAUCCAGAGUGAGACCUCACGGCUGGAAAGAGGAGUGCCUCGGGGAAGUCAGCAAAGCUCAGACGUUGGACCCAGCUCAAGUCAGCAUGGUUUUUACGACGACUUUUUCCACUCCUGGGAGGCACGCGCCAGGAAACACCACACACAGCGCAAAGGAUACAGAUCGAGAGAGCAGUUCCGUAGAAGCUCUGCCAGGCCAAAGAACCCGCAACCGGGAGAAGCCAAGCGGUGGCUCAAACAGGCUGAGGCUGAUAUAGCAGCAACAGAGAAUGAUAUUGUCUACCAAAGACCCUCCUAUGAAUGGGCGUGUUUCAAAUGCCACCAGGUAAGCUAG